UUCACUCCCUGCUGUCUGGAUUCUUCUCUUUUACUAUGUUAAUCAUGUAACACGCUCUUCUCUCUCUGUCCCUCUCUCUCUCUCACAUAUAAAUACCCUUGACGAAGCUUUAUAUUCUUCUCUUCCCUGUUUGGGGGGGUCUUAUGUUUGAGAGACUGAGAACAACCAAGACAGAAGAGAGAGAGAGAGCCUCCUCACCCAUACCCAAUAACCAUUGAAGAUCUGAAAUAAGUUACACUCAGAAACCAUAUUGAGGCACAGACUCAAGAGAGGUAGACAGGCACAGAUAGAGACAGACACUUCGAUUGAAUCUCGCUUUUUUUUUUUCUUUUUUUUUCUUUUGUUUGAAAUAAAGAUUUGCUUGUCAUUCUCCUUGGACAAUGCCCACGUUGUACCCAUCAAUUUUGUAAAAGAAACCCACAAAUUCUCCUUUCUGUUUUCUCUCUUUUUCCUUUAAAUUUUCCUUCUUUUUCCACCCUCUAAAGAAAGCUCUUGAGCUUAUAUUUGCAAAAAUUUGUUUUAAAUUAAUGGGUUUUUUUGGGGUUUAAUUUCUUUGUAUAUUUGGGUUUGGGAUAUUGAAAUUAGUUUUUUUUUUAAAAAGAAAAAAGUGGGUUCUUGACAUUCUUUGGUGGUAGUUUUUCUAGGGUUUGGUCAGAUCGCCACUGGGAGAAACCCUAAUUCUGAUUUGUAUAAUAUUAGGGUUAUAAGCAGAGGACUAGAGUCUGUAUAUAUAAGAAACUGGGAUUUGGAUUGUACAGCUAGAUUUCAAUUGUUCUUGGAAGUGGGAAUUGUGGGUUCAGUAGCUUUUGUUCUGAGUUUUCGCAUUGAAUCUGCAAGAUUGGAUUUUGGGGAAAGCUUCUUAUUAAGAACAAAGAGGAGCUCUGAGUAAUAUACUUAAUGGUUUUGAGGCACUGAAAAUUCAUCUCUCUCAAGGUUGUGGUGUGUGUUGCAUUUGUUGUAUAUAGGUUAUCGAUCUUUAUAGUGAGGAAAUGCUCCUGAUACUGGCUUUUGCUGAUGAGCAGGUGAUCAUUCUCUAUUGGCCUUGUGGGAAAAACAGAGGGUCAGAUUGCUUGCGAAUCGCUAAAUUUGUCGACAAACCGUUCAGGUGGACAUAUCUUGAUCGAAUAUAUUUGUCUGGCUACAUAAAUUCGAGCUAAUUCAGUGUUUAUUGCGGUUGAAUUGAGCAUUGAGCCUUGUGGCUACUCUUGUUUUUUCGUCUUGAGUUUUGAUUGUUUUGUGGAGUUCGUGAAGUUGUGUUGUUAUUGGAGCAGAUUUUGGAUAUUGGGUAUCAGAUAUUUGUCUGAAGCGGUGAUUUUGGAAGGUUAUAGCCAUGGGGGUGGUUUUUUUGACCCGCAAAUGAGUACAGUGACAUGGUGCAUGGACGGGAACAUAGUUUCUUGUUUGUUCCUUUGUUGGAACAACAGCACUUGAAACUGGGAGAAGCAUUUUUGCCGGUGAAAGGAUCCCACUUCUCUAUAUCAAGGAUCACGUGCAAUGUCUCGCUGCUUUCCAUUUCCUCCCCCAGGAUAUGAGAAGAGAGCUAGAAUUGAUGAUGCAGACCUACUAAAAAAGAAGGAGAAAAGGAAUAAAAAGGAUAAGAAGGGCAAAGAAAAGAGAGAAGGUAAAGAAAAGAAGGACAAAGAGAGAAGUAAGGAAAAACAUAGUGACAAGAAAGACCGAAAGGAAAAGCACAAAGACAAGGACAGGGAUAGGGAUAAAGAAAAAAAGGGGACCUCGGAUGAGAAGAGAGUUGCAGGGCAGCCGGAUAGCUAUAAAGGAGAGAAGCUUGUUCCAAACAAUCUUCAGAAUGUUGAGGUUAAGGAUGCUAAAUAUGUGCAGGAGUUGGCCAGGAGAAUCAGGGAUGAAGAAAGUGCUAUUACAAGCCAAAUGGUUCAGAAGAUUACUGUUACUGGUCAAAGAGGAUCUGAGUUUCUGGGUAGGGUGGUGGAGAGCAAUCUUGCCAAUCAUUCUGGAGAACAAAGGAAAAUUAAGGAAGCGAAAGACGAUAGUAAGCAGAUCAAUGGACAAAGAAAUCACGUCAAUACGAGAAGUUUGGAGAGUGCCAUUGGUGGAAACUUCUCUGUUAUGGAUCACAGAAGAGUUGGACUUGCUUUGCCAGUGGAGAAAAAUGUUGAGAAGCCAAAGGAUGGGAAAGAGAAGAACAAGCACAAGGAUAGUAAUGGUAAGGGUGAUAAACCUAAGGAUAAUGAUCGAGAAAAGAAAAGCAAAUCAAAGGUUAAAGAUGAAGCUAAAGAAAAGAAAAAGGAGAAGAAAGCAAAGGAGAUAAGUGAACAUAGUAAACAGCAGCCUAGAUUGCAAGAAAACGGCAAGGAGUCCCUUGACUCUAGCAAUGCUAAGCAAUUUUACCUUUCAGAGACGAUCAAUAACAGUACUUUUGGUGAGGGAAAUCUUGGAAAACGUAAGGAGCUUCACAAAAAUGGACCUCUACUUGACAAUGGAAUUCGACCCCAUAAGUUGCUGAGACCUGUUUCAUCCUCUGAACGAGUCAUGGAAAAUGGAAGGAAAUUGGAACCUUGCCAAACUGAUAUUCCGUCAACUUCUGGGAGACAGGGGGCUGCCAGUAAUGGUAUAGUGGGCAUUAAGGAGCAUAGGCCUAAUGGUUUGGUGGAGCCUCAAAGACCCAAUGCAGGCUCAAUAAGGUCUUCAUCUACUACCGUACAGGUCAAUGAAAAUGGUGAAGCAUCUGCAAAACCACCUUUGGUAAGGCUUCAAAGACCGAAUGCAAAGCCUUCCCCUACUACGUUACAAGUUAAUGAUAAUGGCGAAGCUUUUUCAAAACCGCCACAUCCCGAUUCCAAAUACCUGAUUCAGAUACUUUCUAUACCAAAAGUGGAGGAUUUGUCUGAUAUUGACGACCAAGAAUGGCUGUUUAGCAGCAAUUGUCUGCUGUCAAAGGAAUCCAAGGCAGGUUCUCCUCAGGUUGAAGGGACACAACACGUGUGGGCGAAAGCUUUGCAGAUAGAGUCUGCUGAUGUUUAUGCUCUGCCAUAUGUCGUUCCCUAUUAAUCAAUAGAUGUAUAGAACUUACCCCUAUAUCAUUCCCUAGUGAAGCUGUUACACCAAUGUGCUUACCAAGGAGGUAUUCCAGCAUCUGGGUCCUGAGCCUAUCAGUUUGUUGCUGUUUUGUUUUGUUUUUUUAUUUUCUUCCCAUAUGGGUUCAUUUAAGGACCCUCUGUGUGGAUUUGUGCUUAUUUAUGAGAAUUGCAUUCAGGUUUGUAUGGAGGAAACCUUACCCAAGUGCACAGGAUAGGAGAAUAUGUUAAUUGGAAAUGCCACGAUGGGAGUUUUGUUAGCUUAGAUCUUAGAAAUCAAAUACAAACGAGUACCAUAGGGUUCCAAGGCCUGUUCACUCUUUUAACGAUUUUUUUGAUUUGUCUUAUGGUGUCAUUUGAUCAAAUGUAAGGAUGACGAUCAUAAGUAAAUUUGAAAUAGAGAGCAAAAGAAAGAGACCAUUUUGUUCA